AUGCACCGAGGCAGUACAACAGUACCAUCCAAUAACGGUUCUAAUAUCAGAUAUGGCGGAGCAAUACAAAGUGCACAACAUGGUCGACGGUCAUUUGCUCCACAACCUGCAGGUGCUCCACCAAUGCUUCCACCGCAACAUAAUACUCGUAAUCAGGUGCAAAAUCGUGCAAAGAAACGGAAAUUGGUUGACAAGCUGUUACCUAUACAGGUUCGGGAGCUUGUACCAGAAUCCCAAGCUUACAUGGAUCUUCUAGCUUUUGAGCAAAAGCUCGAUGCUACUAUCACAAGAAAAAAGUUGGAUAUACAAGAAGCUUUAAAAAGGCCAAUAAAGGUGAAAAGGCGGCUUCGAAUAUACAUUUCACAUACAUUCAUACCCGGCAAAGAACCUGAGAGAGAAGGUGAUGAAGGUACUGUACCAAUGUGGGAAUUGCGGGUAGAGGGACGUCUGUUGGACGAACCAUCGACAGGCGUAGGUACCGCAGGUAGUGGAGCUGCUCAAAAUCGAAAUCAACCACUGAAACGGAAGUUCAGUUCAUUCUUCAAAAGUUUGGUCAUCGAAUUGGACAAAGAAAUUUAUGGACCUGACAAUCAUCUUGUUGAAUGGCAUCGAACUCCUCAAACGAAUGAAACUGAUGGAUUUCAGGUGAAAAGACCUGGAGAUCGGGAUGUCAAAUGUACUAUUCUUUUAUUACUUGAUUACCAACCGAUGAAAUUUAAAUUGCAUCCACGACUGGGAAAAGUACUUGGAAUGGCUACGGAAACACGUCCAAAAAUUAUUGAAGCUCUUUGGCAGUAUAUAAAAACACACAAACUGCAGGAUCAGGCUGAACGCGAUAAUAUAAAUUGUGAUUCUUACUUGGAACAAAUUUUUGGAGUGAAACGAAUGCGUUUUAUGGAAAUACCUCAACGCCUUCAAAGUUUAUUGCAUCAGCCAGAUCCUCUGAUUCUGCAUCAUACUAUUCAAUAUAGUGAAGGAAAUGAAAAAAACACGGCAUGCUAUGAUAUUGAUGUGGAAAUGGAGGAUCCGCUAAAAACACAGAUGACUUCAUUUCUUCAUAGUCACGCUAAUAUGCCAGAUAUAAGCGCAUUGGACCAAAAAAUUUUUGAUAUCGUGGAACAAAUCAAUGAAUGGAAGCUUCGACGAGAUUUUUAUGUCCGUUUUGCGGACAAUCCACAAGAAUUUAUUCACAAAUGGUUGAUUUCUCAAAGUAAUGAUCUGAAGACAAUGACAGAAGUAUUUGGUGACAGCGAAGCUGAGCGUCAUGCUGAAUAUUAUUAUCAGCCUCAAAUUAUGGAGGAAGCGGAGACAUGUUCAUCGCCUCCAAAACUCAAUCAGGAACAGAAAGAAAUAUUGCGAAAGCAAGUGCCAGCAAGUGAUUUCAAGCGGAUAAAGCUACAAGAAGGGUUGCGAAAGAAUUGGGAUAAAUUUUAUUUGCGAAAUAAAAGUAAUUUCUUCAAAGAUAGAUGGUGGACCCAACACGAAUUUGAUGGACUAUUAAAGAAAUACAUCAAUUUACAGGAUAACUUGAAUUUUUUGGAAGCUGGGUGUGGUGUUGGCAACUUACUUUUUCCUCUGAUGCAUCUUUAUCCGCACUGGAACUUUUAUGCUUUUGACUUCUCUGAUAAUGCCAUUCGGUUACUACGUGGACGCAGUGAAACAAACAAUCUGACAAUCAGGACUGCAGUUGCAGAUUUGACCCACGACAGUCUAUCUUUAGAUUUUCCAGCAGCUGACAUAGUAUCAUUAAUUUUUGUUCUCAGCGCAAUCCCACCUUACAAACAGCAACAAGCAGUGAAGAACUUAUUCCAUUUAGUAAAAAUUCGGGGUAUAGUUUUUGUUCGUGAUUACGGUAUCAACGAUCAUGCCAUGCUUCGAUUUGGCCGCGAGUGCAAAUUGGAUGAGCGGUUUUAUGCAAAACAGGAUGGAACGAUGGCUUACUAUUUCAAAUUAGAAGAAUUGGACGAGCUAUUCAUCCAACAUGGUUUUCAUAAAGUAAUAAGUACAUAUCUCUUACGAAAAACCAUCAACCAUCAAAAAGAUGUUUCGGUUGAUCGAGUAUUCGUGCAAGCUGUUUACAUCAAGCCCUUUUGA